UCAAUCAGUUCAUUUGAUCUAUAGCUAUCUUCCAAUACAGCUUUUUAUAUAAUGAUUAUCUUUUUCUUUUUAGGUCAUGAUAAUGUAAUAAUAUUGUAGGUCUCUGAAGUAAAGUAGCAACUAUAUAACAUGAAAUAUAACCAAAUUAUAUGAUUUAAUCUGCACAUUGUUGUGGGGGUAAAUCAGUCAAAUAAUUGAAUAAAACUGAGUGGUAAGGCUUGAUUUGCUGGUUUGGCUAAAUAUAUAUAAUCAGUCCAGUGAUACAGGGAAGAGUGUUGUUCUUUAACCACAAAAACAAACAAGUUUCAUACCAUUAUUCAAGGGACUCGAUGAACUCUCUCAACCCUUCACCUGUGUAUAAAAAAAUUAAAAAGUAAGACGAUAAAGUAAAAAAAUUAAUAAAAAAAAAAAAAAACUAAAAUUCAAAACAAAAACAUAGUUAGAAAAAAAAAAAAAACUUAAAAUUUCUUUGAUAUGGAAAAUACAGCCAUCAAAGUUCUAGUAGUAUUAUUUUCUAUAUGGAUUUCAUGUGUUCAAGCUCAAACUGGAAGAUUUUCAGCGGUUCUUGCAUUUGGAGAUUCGAUUCUCGAUACCGGUAACAACAAUUUGCUCAUGACAGUGUCAAGAGGCAAUUUUUUGCCAUAUGGACGCGAUUUUCCUAAUCGUAUUCCUACCGGAAGAUUCGGGAAUGGAAGAGUUCUAUCAGAUUUAGUUGCGGGCGGUUUAGGGGUAAAAGAUCUUUUACCUGCCUUCCGGAGCCCAUUUCUUAAAAGUAGUGAACUCGCUACCGGUGUUUGUUUUGCGUCCGGAGGUUCAGGGUUAGACAAAUUCACUGCAUCUAUACAGGGGGUUAUAUGGGUACAAGAUCAGGUGAAUGACUUUCAAAGAUAUAUAGAAAAAUUAAACCAACAAGUUGGAGAUCCAGCUAAAGUCAAAGAGAUUAUAGCCAAUGCUGUGAUUCUAGUUUCUGCUGGUAAUAACGAUCUUGCCAUCACAUAUUUUUCAACUCCGAAGAGACAAACAAGAUACACUGUCCAAGCAUACACUGAUAUGCUCAUCGGUUGGAAAACUACCUUCAUGAAUAGUCUAUAUGAUUUGGGAGCUAGAAAAUUUGCAAUUCUUGGAACGUUACCGUUAGGGUGUUUGCCAGGGGCGAGACAAAUUACCGGAAAUUUGAUAUGUCUUCCGAAUGUAAACUAUGGUGCUAGAGUAUAUAAUGAAAAAGUAGCGAACUUGGUCAACCAAUACAGCCAAAGGCUUCCCAAUGGCAAAUUCGUCUACAUUGAUAUGUAUAACUCACUUCUUGAAGUCAUCAAUAAUCCUAGCCAAUACGGGUUUACCACGGCAAAACCAUGUUGUUGCUCGGUGAUGACUCCGAUUCCAUGUUUGAGAUCUGGUAGUCACGUGUUCUGGGACUUUGCCCAUCCUUCUGAAAAAGCCUACAAAACUGUUCUACCUAAGAUCCUCAGUACCAUCCAAAGCAACCUCGCUUAGUCACUAAUUUUCUCUUUCUUUUUAUAUUUAGACUAUAAGAACUUGUUUAAGUAUGAUUAGUUUCUCGACGAUGAGCCAUUUGUAGGUCUCUAUUGUUUAGAUUGAUUUAUGUUACCAUCAACUAAUUAAUCAUUGAUUAUUUCAUUUGCAAUUUAGGUGCUUGUUAGUUUAAGAAACCAAAAAAAUACGUAUUUGCUAUAAGUAUAUUCUUCUGUACUCGUAUAUACAUCUUGUAGGAAAAUAAGACGAUGAUUUCUAUCUGUUUUGAGUGAUGGAAGAUUUUAGUAAGCA